GAAGAUAACCCGAGUCCCCCCUCAACCAAUCAAAAUGCAGAGCGGUGACACACCUCUGUUUGUAUACAUGUAUGGGAAGAUAUCAGUUAAUACGCAGAUUAAACUUCCACGUAAACAUUUACAUUUUCUGUGUGGACUUAAACACGAUUGAAAACACACAAGAUGCCCGUGUUUCCAAGUUAUUUGACACCGGAACAGGAAGAGGAGCUGCGUAGUGUCGCCAAAGCCAUCGUCGCGCCCGGAAAGGGAAUCCUGGCCGCCGAUGAGUCGACAGGAACCAUCGGGAAGCGGUUUGAAAGCAUCGGGCUGGAGAACACGGAAGAAAACCGGCGGCGGUACCGGGAGCUGCUGUUCACCGCCGACGCCGUCGUGUCGGACAGCAUCAGCGGUGUGAUCUUGUACCACGAGACGCUGUACCAGAAAACAAAGGAAGGCGUUCCAUUCGUAAAGGUGUUGACAGACAAGAACAUUAUCCCUGGGAUUAAAGUGGACAAAGGCGUGGUCCCUCUGGCAGGAACUGAUGGCGAGUCCACCACCCAAGGUCUAGACGGUUUGGCAGAGCAGUGCGCCAAGUAUAGGCAGGACGGUGCCCGUUUCGCCAAAUGGCGCUGCGUUUUGAAGAUCGGGGACCAGACGCCCUCGUAUCUCGCCAUGCUGGAGAACGCCAACGUGCUCGCACGCUAUGCCAGCAUCUGUCAACAGAACGGUCUCGUGCCCAUUGUGGAGCCGGAAGUACUUUGUGACGGCGAGCACGACCUGUUCACCGCACAGAAGGUCACCGAGCAGGUGCUCGCGUUUACAUACAAAGCCCUUGCAGACCACCACGUGUUUCUGGAGGGGACUCUGCUCAAACCCAACAUGGUGACAUCUGGCCAAAGCUGCAGCCGGAAGUUCAGUCCCGAUGAAAAUGCGCGCGCAACUGUCCUCGCUCUCAGUCGAACAGUGCCGCCUGCCAUGCCUGGCGUGGUGUUCCUGUCCGGGGGCCAGUCCGAGGAGGACUCCACCGUCAACCUGAAUGCUAUCAACACGUGCACGGUCGCCCCGAAGCCCUGGGCGCUCUCAUUCUCCUUUGGACGUGCCCUACAGGCUAGCGUCCUCAAGGCAUGGCGGGGGCAGGACGACAACAGGGAGGCGGCGCAGAGGCAGUUCCUGCUGAGAGCCAAGGCGAACGGUCUAGCAGCCAUGGGACAAUACUACGGGGAAUUGGGAACAAUGUCGGCGGGUGGAGAAUCGCUGUUUGUGCCCAAACAUCAGUACUAGAUUUUAUAUGAUAUGAACUUGAUAAAAUAGAAAAUUGAUAGGAUCGAAACUGGAUAUUUACUGUAUAUAUUGUAAAGAUUUAACAGGGUUUACAUUUGAUUUUACAGAGACAUGAAAUAAUUUACAUUACAGGCCGUUGUGGGAUUUACAUUUGAUUUUAUGGAUAUUUAAUAGGACAUUGGCUUUAUAUUAAAUAGCCGGUGAUAUGAUUUUUACUUCAUACAAUAGAGACAUUCCCAAAUUUUCAAUUUUUUUUAAUUGAUUAGUUUUAUUUAAUUUGUUUUUAAAACAAAGUUUAUGUAUUGUUGUUUCGCAAAUCAUUAUUUGUAUAUAUUUAAAUUUUCUGUGUGUGGAAAAUUGCGCUGUAUUAACAAAACAUUCUUCUGUAAAGAAGUUUUGAAUCAUGUUUUCACGCAUGUUCUUAUGAAGCAGGUUACAGAAACCAAUCAUAUAAGUCAGGAUUGUGUCAGUAUCUCGAUGUUGUUUUUUCAUAAUGAUUAACCCAAUCAUCAUUCGGAAUGCAUUUCUGAGGCUUCAAUUAUAAUAAUAUAAAGUUAUAUUAAGACAAUGCACCAUUCUUAAGAAAACGUGGUUGUUACAUGUCAUGUAAACUACAUUAUUCACACAUGAUCCUCAAUAUUUGUAACUUUUCGGUUUGUGAUAGACGAAUGUAAUCAGUUUUAUGUUGCUCAAAAUCGUAGUGUAAAUAUGUGAUGUGUUUGGUUAUAUUAUCACCUGGACAAGUCUGUAGUUUUAUGUUCACUUCAAAUUUACAUAUGUAACAAUGAAAGUUCAAAUAGAUGACAUAACUUCUCGGACCCAAUCACAUACGUUAGUCUUCACAUUUUUUUCAUUAUAGAUAAUAGUGUUUUCAUAAUAAGCAAACGAAAUAAAGUAGCUCGAAUUCCAUGUCGAGUCUUUAUUUGCUUCAAAGUUUUCUUGCAAACUAAUGUAGAACAAAAUUUUUAACCUAUAUUAAAAUGUGUUUGGAAGUUGAUUGGGAUGAUAUUUUGUUGUACACUAUUGAUAUGUUAAAAUAAAUGAUCAUCAAAACGAAA